CUGGGAGUCGUCGUCGGCCUCAUAUCGACAUGCGUUCAAUCCGUCGGCCUCACCUUGCAGCGCAAGUCACACAUGCUCGAGGACGAAAAGGACAAACACCUCCCCCGCCGCGCCCCCUACCGCCGUCGACGAUGGCAGCUCGGCAUGCUGCUCUUCCUCCUCAGCAACAUCGUCGGCUCCUCCAUCCAAAUCACCACCCUUCCUCUUCCUCUACUCAGUACUCUACAGGCCUCGGGCCUUGUUUUUAAUGCUCUCAUGGCCACGCUGCUCCUCCACGAACCUUUCACCCGUCGUACUGCCCUGGGCACUCUUCUCGUCGCAGCUGGUGCCGUCCUAAUAUCUCGCUUCUCUGCUCUCCCAGAGCCCUCGCAUUCCCUCGAUCAGCUCCUGAAGCUGCUCGGCUAUCCUAACUUUGUUGUCUGGAUGACCCUGACAUUGUUUCUGGUUGUUGCCAUCUUGCUCGCCGACUCUGCUACCGCCUUCUUCAUGACUCCUCAGCAAAUUCAAAGGCCGCGCUUCAGAUUGUUGCGUGGCAUGGCCUAUGGCCUUGUAUCUGGUGUUCUGUCUGCUCAUGCUUUGCUCUUGGCCAAAAGCGCCGUCGAACUACUCGUGCGUACCAUUGUCGAUCACAAGAACCAGUUCGACAGAUACCAGUCUUGGGUGCUACUCCUACUCUUCCUCCUGUUUGCUCUCACUCAGCUCUAUUAUCUCCACCUCGGAUUGAAGCUGGUCAGCACGAGUAUCCUGUAUCCUUUCGUGUUUUGCGUCUACAAUAUCAUCGCAAUUCUCGACGGGCUCAUCUAUUUCCGCCAAGCCGACCAACUAUCGCCACUAUAUGCCGGUCUCAUAGCCUUGGGCACUGUUAUUCUGUUGGCCGGUGUGUUGGCGCUCAGCUGGCGUCUCAGUGAAGAGGACGCCGCCGCAACGACCGCAGGAGCUGAAAUCCCUCACUCUGCUCUGGCUCCCGGAAUGGGCUUCGUGGAUGAUCAUGAACAUGAUGAU